AUCGACAUCGACUUGUGUUGGUUUUUAUUGUGGAUGUCAAAAGAGUGAAAAAGAAUUGUUUUUGUUGUUAAUUUUCCCGAAUUGUUUUAUUUAUAAGGCUAAAUAAUCUUCAAUUCAAAUAUACUUAAUCAAUAAUAAUAGUUUAUGAACUGAGUAUAUAGAUACUAAGCAAAUCCGAGGUUUUGUUAAUAUGUAACUAACAUUCAAAACUAAAGUGGUUCUUAUCAAUUUUGUUUGAUAAAUAGAAAUCGGAAAUAUAUCACAUCAUGUCUGCGCUAGUGACUGCAGAUUGGUUUCAGCUGGAUUCCUACUACAGGAAGUUUGAUCUAUACACCAUGGUUUGGGCAAUGGAUGAAGGUCUAGAGAAUAUGGUGGUCAGUGGAGCCCCCUACGGUGGGCCUAUAGCCAUGGUCCGUGACAGGAAACAGUUUGUUCGCAUUGUAACUACAGCCAAGCCAGUCAUAACAAUCUACAACUGUGUGGGAACUAUUAUUUCUAAGAUUUUAUGGAACAGUGGAGUCCUUGUGCACAUGGGCUGGUCAGACAGUGAGCAGCUUCUAUGCGUGCAGGAGAGUGGAGACGUGCUCAUAUACGACAUGUUCGGAGCGUACCAGAAGACUUUCAAUUUGGGACAGGAAGUUCGGGAUACUAAGGUAGCAAAAGCACAAAUGUUCACAAACCCAAAUGUUGGUCUGGCUGUUAUGACGACGACCAACCGAAUGUUUGUGGUCAACAAUGUAGCUGACCCAAAAGUCAGAUCUCUUCCAGACAUUCCUAGAGCCAGUGAGCCGAUCUCGUGUUGGUGCGUCGUCAGCACUUGGAUGCGCACUUCCUUCGUCAUCAGCUUCCUCGUGUGCCGGAACAAGGAUCUGUUCAGAUGCCAGCUCGGUGAAACUAGAGCCACACUCAUGAAUCCCGAGAUAUCCAACCCGUACACACAGAUCCUGUGUAUGGUACCCUCACAAAAUGGCCGCCACGUCGCGCUGUUCACAGACUCGGGCUACCUUUGGAUAGGGUCGUCGUGUUUCAAGAAUAAAUACUGUGAAAUCGACACGGGACAUAUAAAGCAACCCAAGGAAUUAGUUUGGUGCGGUUCCCAAGCAAUAGUGAGCCAUUGGGACGACAUAAUGUGCGUGUACGGGUUCAACGGUACCCACGUGCCGUACCCGUACGACGGGCCGUUCCAUCUCAUCCCGGAGAUGGACUGUGUGAGAGUGGUCUCCGAAAUGACACACGAGUUGAUACAGAAAGUACCGCCUGAGGCCGAGAAGAUAUUUAGCAUUAAAAGCACCGCCCCAGGCGCUUAUUUGGUGGAGGCUUCUAAACAGUUUCAGAAACGCAGUCACAAAGCAGACGAGUACAUUAAACUGGUGAAGCCCAACCUGGCCAACGCCGUGCAGAACUGCAUCGACGUGGCCGCCUACGAGUUCAACCCCGACAUUCAGAAGAUGCUUAUACGAGCCGCACAGUUUGGGAAAGGGUUCAUAGUGGACCCGGUGUUAACGGACCACUACGUGACGACGUGCCGGUGGCUCAGAGUGCUGAAUGCAGUACGGGACCCUAAAGUCGCCAUACCAUUGACGUUUAAACAAGUGGAACAUCUAAAAGAGCGUAUACUCCUGGACCGUUUAAUAUGGAGGCGGCUUCACUGCCUCGCCGGACACAUCGCGUCGUAUCUACAGCUCAAGGACACGCGUACACGAGUGCUGUCACACUGGGCAUGCUACAAGGUGACCCAACCGCAUGUAGACAAUGAGAGUGCAGCGCGAGAAAUCGGUGAGAAACUGAGAAAUGUUCCCGGAAUAUCUUACUCAAACAUUGCUAUGAAGGCGGCAGAGAAGGGAAGGAAGGCGCUGGCUAUCAAAAUUCUAGAAUACGAGACCCGCAGCAAAUUGCAAGUGCCUCUUCUGCUACAACUGGGCGAGGGGCCGACCGCCCUGCUGAAGGCGACGGCCAGCGGCGACACCGACCUCGUUUAUAUCGUGCUGCUGCACCUCAAGGAGAAGAUGGGGAAGCACGAGUUUGAGCUUACAAUCCGAAGCUUUCCCCUCGCACAUGCGCUAUACAUCAAAUACUGCGCGAGUCACAACCGCGAGGCGCUUCGCAAGGUGUACGUCCAGGAAGACGACUUCCAGGGACAAGCGGCCACUCACAUCCGGGAUGCGAUCGAGCAGACCAACCCGGGGAGUGUGGAAGCAUCCCUUAUUUCUGCCAGGGAUUGCUAUAAAAAGGGGAAAAACGACUUGGGUGCAUCAAUAUGCGAGGACGCUCGCAAGCUUUGCAAGCAACAGUCAAGUCUUCAGGAGACGUACGGUCAGAGUUUUGUCGGUCUGUCCGUACACGACACGGUGAAGAAACUCCUGGACCAGGGAGAGGUGAAGCUAGCCGAUAAAUUAAGAUCGGAGUAUAAGAUGCCGGACAAAAGAUAUUGGUGGUUACGCAUACUUACUUUGGCGGAGAAAAAUGACUGGGCGGAAUUAGAUCGGUUCUCCAAAUCGAAGAAAUCUCCGAUAGGCUACGAGCCGUUCGUGGACGCCUGCCUCAAGUACUUCAAGAACGAUGAGGCGCUCAAAUAUCUGCCUAGAUGUAGAGAUGAGAUCAAGGUCAAAUACUACGUCAAAGCUGGAUUCUACGAAGAUGCGGCACAAGUUGCCUUCGAACAACGGGAUAGGAACGCGCUGAUCUUCGUCCAAAGUAAAUGCCCUCUCAAAGAAGCCACGAAACACGAGAAGAUAGCCUCGUUACUAGACCAAUUACCUGUUAGGAAGUAAUAAUGCUUAAAAAUAUUUAUCUAUUAUUAUAUGCUAGUCGUAUAUCUUUCAUAUAUAAUUUUCAUUUUUAUAUUAAAGCAAUAGAUUCCUGUUAAUUUUUAAGUAAAAUACCGUGAUAUUUUUUCUCUCAAGUAUCGCUCAUAUAAUAAGUUAUCAUAAGGCAUUAUUUAUGUGUAUUUUGUUCAAACAAAUAAAACGCUUAAAUGAA